AUGGGAAACAUUGGUAACACUAAUCCUAAGAGAAGCACUACGUUAUUAACAUCUUUGGACAGUGUAGAUCUUGUGUUACGACGGUUCUGGGAAAUAGAGGAAGUACCAAAUGCGUCAAAGACGAGUCCGGCAGAAGAGGACUGUGAGCGUAUUUAUCAUUCUACGACUACACGAGAAUCAGACGGUCGAUAUGUUGUACAUUUACCAUUCAAUUGCAAACCGCCGCAGCUUGGACAGUCACGACAAAUGGCCCUCAACCGGUUUUAUCGUUUAGAAUCCCGACUAGAUAAGUUGCCGCAAUUACGACAACAAUACAAUACUGCCAUGCAGGAUUAUCUCGAUAGCGGUCACAUGCAAAUCGUACCAGAAGCCACACCCGAACCGGAACAGGCUUAUUACACUCCACAUCAAGUAGUGAUUAAACCUGACAGUACUACUACAAAAGUGAGAGUUGUGUACGAUGCGUCAGCCACUACUUCGAACGGGAAGUCGUUGAAUGAUAACCUUUAUCCUGGUAAAAAAUUACAACAAGACUUGCCGGGUAUAAUCAUCAGGUUCCGGAUACAUGAAGUUGUGGUUACAGCUGACAUUAAGCAAAUGUUCAGACAAAUCAUCGUUACUCCCGCACAUAGACAAUAUCAGCGGCUCCUUUACCGAUUUCAAAGUUCAGAACCUAUUCAAACUUUUGAAAUGACCACUGUGACCUUCGGCCAACGAUCUUCACCAUUCUUAGCAAUAAGAACGCUACUUCAAUUAGCCAACGACGAAGCAGGUGCCUACUCAGAUGUUCAACGAGUUCUGCGUAACGAUCUGUAUGUGGACGAUGUGGUCACUGGUGCCGACUGUGUAGAAAGUGCGCUUCAACUUCAACAGAAUCUCAUAAAAGUACUAAAGAAUGGGCAGUUUGAACUUCGUAAAUGGUCCAGUAACUCGGCUAAGGUAUUAGACGCCGUACCCAAAGAACAUCGACAAAACCAAGACGUUGCGUUUAACGGAGGUGAAAUUGAGUUUACCAAAGUACUUGGUUUAAAGUGGGAGCCAAAUAGUGACGUAUUAACCUAUCAACACCAAACUAAUCCUAUACAGUUUAGCAAACGUCAUAUUUUAUCGGAAAUCGCGCGUAUUUACGACCCUAUUGGGCUGUUAGCGCCCGUAACCACUCAUCUCAAGAAGCUUAUGAAGUAUUUAUGGUCACUGGGAGUUGGAUGGGAUGACCCAUUGCCCCAAGACGCGAUGGAUGCUUGGAAGUGUUAUCACACUGAAUUACCACUAAUAGGACAAGUACGAGUGCGACGACAAGUUACUUGCACCGGAUCGACCUACGAACUACAUGGAUUUUGUGACAGCUCGGAGAUUGCCUACGCCGCUGCUGUGUACAUCUUAGCUCGAAGACCAGACGGGACCAUGCAUUGUCAGCUUCUAAUGGGCAAAUCAAAAGUAGCACCCGAAAAAAAGUUGUCCAUUCCCAGAUUGGAAUUAUGCGGAGCACUACUCCUCGCUCGAGUUAUCACUUAUGUGCGUACCAACCUAUCUACAUUACAGAUAAGCCGCCACCACUGCCUGGUCGGACUCAACAGUAGCUCUAGCAUGGAUAAAAACACCAACUUCGAAACUAAAAACAUUCGUAGCAAACCGUGUUGCCCAGAUACAGCAUAUGACGUCGCCAGAUAUAUGGAGACAUGUGCCGACUGCACAUAA